UGUUCGAAGCAUUCGCCUUGAGCAGACCAUCGAGUGUCACUCCAUCACCACCACUCUUCGCCUUAUACACUCUCCCUGUUCACUUAGGAAGAGCAGCCCGCGCAUAUCAGACGCAGCAUAGAUCAAACCUCCAUUAUCAGCUAGCUCAACUUCACUCCUGUUGCUAAUCCCAGCGCAUAUAACCACCUCUGUACACCUCGCCCACCUCACCUUACACCUCCUCCACCCCUUCACAACAUGCUCUACCAGCCCAUCGCCAAGUCCCAGCUCGAGUGGUAUGCCUCCCUCAACCCACUCGAGCACUCCAUCAGUGCUACCAACAAGUACUUCCGUAAGACCUCCAUCAUUGCCACCAUUGGUCCCAAGACCAUGAGCGUGGAGAUGCUGGGCAACCUCCGCAAGGCCGGUAUGAACAUUGUCCGACUGAAUGCAUCUCACGGUUCUCACGAGUACUUCAAGACCGUAGUGGACAACGCCCGUGCCGCCGUCGCCGCUGCUCAGGGUCGUCCCCUGGCCAUCGCCCUUGACACCAAGGGACCCGAGAUGCGAACCGGUGUCAUGACGAACGGCGAGGAUGUCAAGAUCACCAUCGGUCACGAGUUCUACGUCACCAUGGACGAGAAGUAUGCCGAGAGCUGCUCCGCCGAGUACCUCUACAUUGACUACAAGAACCUCGCCAAGAAGGUCGAGGUAGGAAGGAUCAUCUACAUCGAUGAUGGUAUCCUCGCUCUCGAGGUCAUUGCCAUCGAGUCUGACCUCCUGGUCAAGGUACGAGCCGUCAACAACGGUACCCUCUCCAACAAGAAGGGUGUCAACUUGCCGCUCACCGACGUCGAUCUUCCCGCCAUCUCCGAGAAGGACAAGAAAGAUCUGCUCUGGGCUGUCGACAACAACCUCGACAUGGUCUUUGCCUCGUUCAUUCGAAGGGGUUCCGAUGUCCGAACCAUCCGUGAGAUUUUGGGAGAGAAGGGAGCUCACAUCAAGAUCAUCUCCAAGGUCGAGAACCACCAGGGUGUCCUCAACUUCGACGAGAUUCUGCGAGAGUCGGACGGUAUCAUGGUUGCCCGAGGUGACCUGGGUAUCGAGAUCCCAGCCCCUCAGGUCUUUAUGGCCCAGAAGAUGAUGAUCGCAAAGUGCAACAUUGCCGGCAAGCCAUCCAUCUGUGCCACCCAGAUGCUGGAGUCGAUGAUUGUCAACAACCGACCCACUCGUGCCGAGGUGUCGGAUGUAGCCAACGCCGUCCUGGACGGAGCUGACUGUGUCAUGCUGUCGGGAGAGACUGCAAAGGGAGCCUACCCUCUCGAGGCUGUUCGCAUGAUGGCCGAGACUGCCUUCCUGGCUGAGCAGUCCAUCUCGUACGUUCCCCUCUUCAACGAGAUGCGUACUCUGACUCAGGUGCCCACUGAGACUUCCGAGACUGUGGCCAUGGCUGCCGUCGCUGCCUCCCUGGAGCAGCAGGCACACGCCAUCCUGCUCAUGUCUACUUCGGGUAACACUGCCAGGCUGGUGUCCAAGUACCGCCCACGAUGCCCAAUUCUGACUAUUACCCGUGACGAGCACACUGAGAGGGACGUGCACCUGUACCGAGGAUGCUACGGUAUGUUCUUCCCUUACCCUCGUCCCGCAGACGAGUCUGGCUGGCAGAAGGAUGUGGACAACCGAAUCAAGUACGGACUCAGCGAGGCCCUGAGGCUGGGCAUUGUUGAGAAGGGUGGAGUGUGCAUCGUCCUGCAGGGCUGGAGGGGCGGAACAGGUAACACCAACUCGCUGCGCGUCCUCAACGUGCCCGAUGCUGCUGCCGACUUCCAGAUGGAGACUCUCAAGUAGAAGAGCAAUAAAUGAUGCCCUUGUCCUUGCUCGAGGAAAGGGGUGGGGAGGAUGGGAGCGGAGCAGGGCCGGGGUUGCAGCGUUGGUCCCCGGCUCCAUAGAGCGCCAUCCCUUUUCUUUGUGCCCAGUUCCCUUCUUGUCGCAAAAGUCUUUCCUUUCUUGUCGUGCCCUUCCUCUUUCGAUACACAAUGUAAAGUG